AUGCACCCCGUAACCACGAUCGUCACUGGACUCGCUCUUCUAUCCUCUGUUAUUGCAAUGGGUAGUCCCGACAAAGCCCCUACUCCUGGGCCGACUCCUACUCCUGGGCUGACUCCUCCUUCUAUAAACGUUUACGUCACACUCACCGAUGGCAUUUCUCAGACCAUCACUGUUGAAAAUGGUGUCUGCAAGGAUGUGAAACCGAUUGAGGCUACGAACUAUGGUAUGAAUGGUGGAAUUUGGUGCCGGUUCUACUCUAGUCCUGCUUGUGCUGGUACUUUCACUGAGAGAAGGGGAUCUAGUUGGUUUGAUUCCGCUAUACGGAUUGAGAGUAUCAAGUGUGAGCAUCUGGUGCUGUGA